GCCCUCUUGACGUCACCGGCGCGCGCCGUCCUCACCCACCCGCAAGAUGGCGGCGCCCUGGUGGGGAUGAUCCGAACAGAGGAGGGAGCUUUCAGCCUUGAGAGUCCCUGCAUUUGAAACGCCCCGGACAGCUGUGGAGAUCCUUCUCUUGCGAGACGUAACUGGCCGACCGUCACCAUGUGGAACCAACCGGUUCUGGUGGAAUCGCUGGUGGUGUUUGCCAUCGUGCUUUGCGUGCACAGCGUGGUCUGGGACCGCUUCUCGUGGUCCGCUCUCGUCCUCGCCGUCCAAGCCUUCUACAUCCAGUUUAAGUGGGACCAUCUCCUUCGUCUGGGUGGGGCUGUAUUCCAGUUCCGGACCACGGCCAACAGCGGCCUCCUCCCCUCCUGCAUGGUUAUCCCUCUGCUGGGCAUCGUGAUGAAGGAAAGGUGUCGAGUGGCUGGCAUUGUGUACUUCGAGCGCUUGGGCAUUGUCGUGGCCUCCACCGGCAUGAUGAUCGCCCUCUUCCUGUCGGUGAUCGCCUUGGGCAUUACCAAGCCGGUGCCAACGAACACCUGCGUGCUGUCCGGGAUUGCCGGGACGCUGAUCAUCUACACCAUGAAACAUUCCUUGACCGUCUCCGAAGUGAUCGAAGUGUUGGAGGUGUUGCUCAUUUUCGUCUACCUCAGCAUGAUCCUGCUGUACCUGUUGCCUCGGUGCUUCACCCCCGGGGAAGCCCUGCUGAUCCUCACCGGCCUGAGUUUCGUCCUUAACCAGCUCAUCAAGCGCUCUCUGAACAUCAGCGAGAACCGAGGGAGUCCCGUGGAGUUCUUCCUCCUGGUCGUGGUGGUGGGAGUGGCCCUGCUCGGCCUCUCCUUCGCGGUGCUGUUUUUCUUCAUGGAUUCCACCACCUGGACCUCCUCCAUGUUUUUCCACAUGAUGACCGCUGUCCUGAGCCUCGGCGUGGUCAUGCCUUGGCUCUACCGCCUGAUCCGCAGGAAUCCCUUGAUGUGGCUCUUCCAGUUGCUCUCCCAAACCCAGAUCAGAAUUCACCUGCUGUGCUACUGGGCCCUCCUGGCUGCUCUGGCCUGCGCGAUAGUCCUCUACCAAAACGUCAAGCGGUCCUCCGGUUCUAAAAAACACCAAGCUUCAAUCGUCACCCGGAAGUACUUCCAUUUCAUCGUGGUGGCCACUUAUGUCCCGGGGCUGAUCUACGACCGCCAACUGCUGUAUGUGGCAGCAGUCAUCUGCCUGGCCGUCUUCAUUCUGCUCGAGUACGUCCGCUACUUCACCAUCAAGCCCUUCGGACAGACGCUCCGGCAGUUGCUCUCGCUGUUCUUGGACGAGCGGGACAGCGGGCCUUUGAUCUUGACUCAUAUCUACCUUCUGCUUGGGAUGUCCUUCCCGGUGUGGCUGGUGCCGAGACCAUGCGCCCCCAAAGGUGCCUUGACGGGGGCAGGAGCCCUGGCUCCCUACUCUGGGGUUCUGGCUGUAGGCGUGGGGGACUCUGUGGCCUCCAUCUUUGGCAGCACGAUGGGGGAAGUCAAAUGGCCUGGAACCAAGAAAACCUUUGAAGGGACCAUGUCGGCCAUAUUUGCCCAAAUCAUUGCGGUUGCCCUGAUUGUGAUUUUUGACAGUUCUGUGGACCUGAACGCCAGCUACUCCUGGAUCUUGGUCUCGAUUACCCUGGUGUCGUUUUUAGAAGCCUACACCACUCAGGUGGACAAUUUACUCUUGCCUCUCUACCUCCACAUCCUGCUAAUGCUUUAGCUACCCUGGAAGGGGAUAAAGUUUCUCUCCCCUCAGAGCGUAAUCAGAUACACCCAUACUCUGUUUCUUUGGUGUCUUUGGCCCAGAAUGGCAAAAAGCAACACCACGGCCUGUCCCUGUAAGUGAUUGCACGUUCAUUAUUUAAAGCUGAAAUAUAAUGAGGC